CUCUUUUCUUUGUAGGACAGCAAUGGCAAGAAGCUGCUACUCAAAAGUGCUCUGUCCCAAAACGUGUGCACAUACAAAGAGAUGUUGUACCAAACAGCACUGAUUCCGGGCUGUCCUCAUCACACCAUCCCUUACUAUUCUUACCCUGUGGCCAUAAGCUGCAAGUGUGGUAAAUGUAACACUGAUUACAGUGACUGUGUUCACGAGAAGGUUAGGACAAACUACUGCACUAAGCCACAGAAGCUCUGUAACAUGUGAGCUUCCAACAGAACACGGCAGAAAUGUACCUCUCUGCUCACAACCAAGCAUAAAUAAAACAAUAUUUCAUAACAGGUUUGCAAACUGGUGUGCAUGACGUUUUAUUCUGAAGAGGGAUCACUGGAGUUACUGUAAUGAACUGGAUAUUCUGACACGCAUUCUGACACGCACAGAAGCAGAACUGUGGGACUGAAGGUUCAUAUUUAGUGCUCAACUAUAAUUUACUUUAGGGAAGAAGAAAGAACUGUGUGUGUAUGGGCCUUUGCUCAUGAUCUCCAGAUACUGCUUGAACAAAAUAACUGAUAUAUCUUAACCAGUCUAUGCAUGCUUUCAGUAUUAAACAUUUCAACUAGAUCGACACAGCCUUGCAGCCCUGAUAACAGCAACUGUGUUUUUACACGUAUGUAACACUGGAUGUUUUGAGGACCCUAUCUGUGCUGUGCAGUCAGCUAGGACUAAGCACGUGCAGUUGCACACAGUUCUACUUCAUCCCUUGCAUUGCCCAGACCUGUGCUCAUUAGCAUCACUAGGCACAGCUAUUCAUGUCUUUGCUCUAGCAGAGUAAGCUCCUUUUUUCUGUGCUAUUAGACUGAAAAGCCUUGCUACUCUGUUCUCUGGAAGAGGAGUGGUAAGUGAAGCUCAGAAAGAAGCUUUCUUCCCUCACGCAGGUCAGCCAGCCUCUUCAGAGUGCUGGGGGGGCUGAGUCCCAUCACAUGUGCUGAACACGCACAGGUGAGAAGUGCAGACCCAGGAAUAUGAAAAUAAAUGUAACAUAAUAAAUGUUUCCUUUUCUUUAGAGCUGGUGACUCAGUGGCAAGCUAUGGUCACACUGCACCAACCACUGAGCACAAGAGCUCGUCUCCACCUGCUUCAACUGACUCUAAUACAAACCAACAUACAGAAUCCAUUGGCAGUUGCAGCUUUUCCCCUCAUCUCUAUCACCUACAACAGGACUGGUGAAAACUAUUUGACCCGCAUCUGCUCAAGUAAGUGUGACAUCUGCUGAUCCAAGAGCAGUAGGUAGGUCAGCAGGGCUGCAGUGAAGACGUGAAUACAGCCAGCAGAAAAAUAAGUAAAACCUUCCAUGCUUCCACGGGUGAGGAAUAAGAUCAGCAUUCAGCACGUCUUUGCAGAAGGAGCCAAGAGAACAAAUCUACUGUAUACACAAACAACGUGGUAACAAUAUGUUUUUAUCAACAAGGAAUGAUAAGAGUGACUUCAGAAUUGCAGCUCCGUGCAGCAGUGAGAGCUUUCAAGCCCCAUUAAAUAUAGCAUUAUAAUAUGUUAAAUCACUGUUGAAAGCUUUAUUUUAUUGCUGCUUCCCAACCAUUUGUUUUGGCUUGUAUAGGGGGUUAUCUCAGUAGAGCUCUUAGUUAUUCAGUGAUUGCAAAUGUGUAUUUAUGAAAAAGAUUUUUCUCUUUUAAAAGGGAGCAUUAAAUGGUACAGAUUUAUCUGUUGAUAUCAUCUACAUCUGCAGACACACACAUGCUCUUUCAGCUAUCCAGGUAAAUACUUGCUUUAUUUUGGCAACUAACAAAUCCAGAACAUCUCUACAGCCAGAAAGGUGAAAACAAACUUGUUAUGCUCAGCUUGAAUCCUCAUCCAUACUCAGCAAUUGCCAUUGUGCCCAUUGAGAAUUAACAUGCUGAUAACCCUCAGAGCCACUGUGCACUCAGCACAGAUCUUAUAUUCUUUUUUUUUCUAGUUUAUUUUUGCUUCAAGCAACACCAGAAGGGGGUUAAAAAAAAAAGCCCUACAAAACAACACAAUUAAAUUACAUAUUAUCAUAGUUUUGUUUUUCUUAGAAUUAACUGAAAGUUUUGGUUUUGUUUGCGUGGGAGGCAAGUUGCAUAGAUCUGCUAUACAUGUCUUGCCCUUUUAAAAUCAUCUGCAUUCCUGCAUACAGUAUUUAUUCUUAGGAAC